AUUUUUAAUAUGCUUCCUCCUCCAGAUCGUAUUAAUUAUGCAGAAAUGAGAAUUCAAGUAAAUUAUUAUUAUUAUAACAUAUAAACUAGAAAGUUUAAAUUCCUGUAUAAGUGCCUAUAUUCAAACCAAUUUAUGUAGAUUAUCCUUAUCCAAAUUAUGUUUGGACUUAAGAUGUUCAAUAAACAGCAGUUUUAAAUGCUUAAUAAGGAAUCUCAACAUUAUUUACCAAUCCUUAAAUGAGAACAAAAAUAAUUUAUGAUGAUUCAAGUGAAGAUUCUGAAUCCUCAUCAGAAUCUGAAUCUUCAUCAGAAUCUGAAUUUGAAUCAAAAUUAUAGGUUUAAACUCAAGGAAAUAGUGCAACUAUAUAAGGUUAAUAAUAAGUUGCUAAUAAUAACUAUGUAAAUUCUCAAAAUAAUAAUGCUGUACUUAUUUAUUUUUUAUAUAUCAUAGUAUGGUCCUACUUAAUCUUCAUAAAUCAUAAAUACUAAUUCUUAAAUAGAAUAAAAUUAGAAUUAAUAAAUAAGGCCUCCUAUAAAAUUAGAUUAUCGUGAUUCUGGUUAUCAGAAAAGUUAAAUAUAAGUCAAUAAUUCUUAUAUAACAAACAAUUAUCCUACAUAAAACUUGGUUUAGGUUUAGGGCAAGUAACUUAUAUUCUUUUCAUUAUAGAAAUGAAACUAAUGUAAGCAAAAAUAUAUCAAGAGGUAGACAAGCAUUACAAUAAUUUAAAAAUUAACUGAAUCAAAAUAAUGCCUUACGUUAGUAAUAAACAUAAUUCUAAUAACCAACCGCUUUUCCAUAAUGA